GAAGUUUAACUUCCGGGUCAGGCUUCUGCGCAGGCGCCCGAAGGAACCAGUCAAGGGCUACUUCCGGGUGAGUUUUCCUGUGGCCGGCUGUGCGGGGUGUUUGGCGCCGUAGGUCAGGCGGACCCGAGACCCAGCGCCGAGAGAGCGGGUUCCCUGGACUGAGGGCCCAGUCCCGGGGCAGACGGAAAGAAUCAGGGUCGGAGCGGACCCCAGCGGCCGAGUCUUACCGAUGGCGACCCUGGGCCCCGGCAGCCAGAAUGUCACCGAGUACGUCGUUCGCGUUCCCAAGAACACAACGAAAAAAUAUAAUAUAAUGGCUUUCAAUGCGGCCGACAAGGUGAACUUUGCUACGUGGAAUCAGGCCCGGCUGGAGCGGGAUCUGAGCAACAAGAAAAUUUACCAGGAGGAGGAGAUGCCCGAGUCUGGCGCGGGCAGCGAGUUCAACCGCAAGCUCCGGGAGGAGGCACGACGCAAGAAGUACGGCAUCGUCCUGAAGGAGUUCCGGCCCGAGGACCAGCCCUGGCUGCUGCGCGUCAACGGGAAGUCGGGCCGGAAGUUCAAGGGCAUCAAGAAGGGAGGCGUGACAGAGAACACGUCCUACUACAUCUUCACCCAGUGCCCCGACGGGGCCUUCGAGGCCUUCCCCGUGCACAACUGGUACAACUUCACCCCGCUGGCCCGGCACCGCACGCUGACGGCCGAGGAGGCCGAGGAGGAGUGGGAGAGGAGGAACAAGGUCCUGAACCACUUCAGUAUCAUGCAGCAGCGGCGGCUCAAGGACCAGGGCCAGGACGAGGAGGAGGAGGACAAGGAGAAACGCAGCCGCGAAAAGGCCAGCGGGCUGCGCAUCCACGACCUGGAGGACGACCUGGAGAUGUCCUCGGAUGACAGCGAGGCCAGCGGCGAAGAGGGCAGCAGGGCCUCCAAGACCAAGAAGAAGGCGCCGCUGACCAAGGCCGGCAGGAAGAAGAAGAAGAAGAAGAAGGGCUCAGACGAUGAGGCUUUUGAGGACAGCGAUGACGGGGACUUCGAAGGCCAGGAGGUGGACUAUAUGUCCGACGGCUCCAGCUCCCAGGACGAGCCCGAGACCGGCAAGCCCAAAGUGCAACAGCAGGAGGAGGGGCCUAAAGGCGUGGAUGAGCAGAGCGAAAGCAGCGAGGAGAGUGAGGAGGAGAAGCCAGCUGCUGCGCAGGAGGAGGACAAGGAGGAGGAGGAGGAGAAGAAGGCCGCCACCCCGCAGGAGAAGAAGCGCCGGAAAGACAGCAGCGACGAGUCCGACAGCUCGGAGGAGAGCGACAUCGACAGCGAGGCCUCCUCUGCGCUCUUCAUGGCGAAGAAGAAGACGCCCCCCAAGCGGGAGCGGAAGCCCUCGGGAGGCAGCUCUCGGGGAAACAGCCGCCCCGGCUCCCCCGGCGCGGAGGGUGGCAACACCUCCUCCACCCUGCGGGCUGCUGCCAGCAAGCUGGAGCAGGGGAAGCGGACCAGCGAGACGCCGGCCGCCAAGCGGUUGCGGCUGGACGCCGGGCCCCAGAGCCUUUCCGGGAAGUCCACGCCGCAGCCGCCGUCCGGCAAGUCCACGCCCAGCAGCGGCGAUGUGCAGGUGACCGAGGACGCCGUGCGGCGCUACCUGACCCGGAAGCCCAUGACCACCAAGGACCUGCUGAAGAAAUUCCAGACCAAGAAGACCGGGCUGAGCAGCGAGCAGACAGUGAACGUGCUGGCCCAGAUCCUGAAGCGCCUCAACCCCGAGCGCAAGAUGAUCAAUGACAAGAUGCACUUCUCCCUCAAGGAGUGAGGCCGCCCCAAUAAAGGGCUGCGCACCCC